AUGAAGAAAAAGUUCGUCAUCUAUUUCCUCGUCAUUAUUUUUGUAUAUAUAUCAAGUGUGCAAGCAACAUUGACUGUGCCCGUUGGUUUAUUAUUUAAUGGGCACGAUCGAGAUGUCUAUAGUCGUAUCAGUUCAUUAGCUCGUAAAUAUGUUUUAAACAAAGUCGAACGACGUUUUCAAUAUGAUGUUAUUGAAAGUAUUGAUACAGUCGAUUUGGAUAAUUCGGAUAUUGAUAUAUGGUCAUCAUUAUGUAACCAAUUAUCAAAUGGAAUCAUGUCCAUCAUUGGCCAUAUUGAUCAUAGUGAUUUUGACUGGCUAUCAAGUUUUUGUUCAGCUUAUCAAGUACCAUUUAUUGGUUUAGAUAUACAUGAUUAUACAAAAACGAAUUAUUAUGUUUCAUUAAUGCCUGAUAUUCUGCCAGCAUUAGUUGCAUUUGUACGCCGCUAUGAAAUAACUCGCCUUGUUUAUAUAUACGAUGAUAUAAAUGGUGCUCGACGUCUUAAACAACUAAUGGAAUUACAAACAAAACAUAAAAUACAUAGUAUAAAUAUCAUUAGUCGUUAUUUAGGUAAUCCCGAUGAUUCAUAUGAUUUAUUACAAAAUAUCGAAAUGAUGACCAAUGAACAAAUGCAUUCAUUGUCAUCGGCGACGACUGCUCAUAAAGUUCAAGGUCGUUAUAUUGUUUUAGAUUUUCAUUCAUUCGAUACCUAUCAAAUCGUUAUGGAUAAAAUUAAACAUCGUGGUAUGACAACCGCCGAUUAUCAUUAUAUCUUACUUUCACUAAAUGCCAAACAACUCGAUAUGAAUUAUUUUCGUUAUGGUGGUGUUAAUGUAACUUUUUUUGCUAUACCAUCCUAUGAAAAUAAUAAUAAUGAUAAUCAAACUAUCAUGUUAUAUGAAACUUAUAUGGAUUCAAUGAAAAACGCAAAUAUACCAAAUGCACCAUAUAUUGAAUCGCUAUUGAUUGCUGAUGCAUGGGAAACGUUACUACGUACAAUAAAUCGUAUGUUGAAUUCGCCGAAUGAAACCCGCGAUAAGUUAAAAGUAUUUCGACAAGGAAAAUUCUAUAAUGGUGUUACACCGGGUAUUGAUUGUCGAAGUAAUUCUAUUGAACCGUGGUCGCCGGGAAAAGUCUAUUUAGAAACUUUAUUAAAUACAAGUUUUCAAGGUUUAACAGGAAACGUACAAUUUUCGAGUAGGACAGGUCAACGAACAAAUUAUACGCUUGAUGUUUAUCGUGUUACAAGAAAUGAUAUGCCAAAACAUAUUGGAUUUUUUCGACCACCAACGACACUUGAGGUUGUCGAUGAUUCAUCGUAUCGUUUUCGUACGUCUUUUGAUAAUCGCACCCGAUUAGUUGUAACUAUCUUCGAUGAACCAUUUAUGAUGUUAAAAAAGAAUCAGAGUGAUACGGCAACUGAAAGCAGUAUUCGACCUGGUACAAUCCUAGAUCCAUCGAUGGUUGAAGGCUUUUGUGCCGAUUUAGCCUUUUCUAUAUGCCACGAGAAAUUGAAAUUACCGUAUAAAUUUCUUAUUGAAACAAAAUAUGGAAAUGAACAAGGUAAUGGUAAUUGGGAUGGAAUGGUUGGAGCAUUGGCUAAUCGUGAUGCUGAUUUAUCUAUAGCAUCAUUGACAAUAAAUGGUGCACGAGAAAAAGUGGUCGAUUUUUCGAAGCCGUUUAUCGAUUUAGGUAUAUCCAUCAUGAUUGGUAAACCUGAAAAACAAAAACCGGGCGUUUUCUCAUUUAUGGCACCAUUAUCAAAAGAAAUUUGGAUUUGCGUUAUUAUAUCGUAUUUACUUGUUAGCGCUAUUUUAUUUUUCGUUAGUCGAUCAUCGUCAUAUGAAUGGUAUUUUGAAAAUGAAUCCGAUGUUGUACCACGAAAUAAAUUUUCCAUGCAAAAUGCAUUAUUUUUCUCGUUUGCAGCUUUUAUGCAUCAAGGUGUUGAUCUUUUGCCAAGAUCAUUUUCAGGCCGAGUGGUUACCAGUGCUUGGUGGUUUUUUAGUCUGAUACUUGUUUCAUCGUAUACCGCUAAUUUAGCUGCGUUUUUAACCGUUGAAAAAUUAGUAACACCUAUUGAAACCGUUGAAGAUCUCGCAAAACAAACAGAAAUUCGUUAUGGAACAGUACGAGGUGGUGCGACCAUGGCUUUUUUUAAUAAAUCAACCUUAACAACAUUUAAACGUAUGUGGAAUUUUAUGCAACAACAUAAAGAUGAUGUUUUCGUGACAUCGAACCGCGACGGAAUUCAAAAAGUUCGAAAUUCAAAAGGUAAAUUUGCUCUACUACUUGAAUCAACAUUAAACGAAUAUGUCAAUGAACGUCAUCCAUGCGAUACAAUGCGUAUCGGGGAAAAUAUUGAUGCAAAAGGCUAUGGAAUAGCUACACCACUUGGUUCAGAUUUACGUGAAGCAAUUAAUAUAGCUGUUUUAGAAUUAACCGAAAAUGGAUUUCUUGAAAGUUUAAAACGGAAAUGGUAUUACGAACGAAGUGAAUGUACAAACGUGGGAAAAAAAGAUUCUAAACAAAGUACACCACUGAAUUUAGCGAAUGUAGCUGGGAUGUUUUAUGUUUUAAUUGUUGGUCUUGGAAUGGCAAUGGUUAUUGCAUUUUUAGAAUUUUUAAUUAAGGCGAAAAUCGAUUCUACACGAUUAAAUCAAAAUAUAAGAGACGUUAUGCGUCGAAAUUUAAGAAUAUCAAUAACAGGUAUUGAUUUUGACGAAAAGGAACAAAAUAUCGACUAUUGGCCAUUACAACAACAACAACAACAACAACAACAAGAACAAGAACAACAGCAAGCCAUUUCUCCUUUUAAUUCUCGACUUGAUGAACGUAAUGAACGAACACCAACAAUCACAAGUGUAGUGGAUUUACCGAAAACUGCAGAUUCAUUUGAUUUUAACGAACACAAAGAUAGUGGUUUUCAUUUUCUUCAUCGCGAUCAUACUUCCCAUGUAUAA